UGGGGUGGGGCUCCGGAGCGCUGAGCUGGUCGGGCUUUAAGCCGGCGGAGCGCGGCGGCGGGGCCCGCAGACGGAGCGGAGCGGCGGCGGCGGCGCGGCGCGGCGCGGGGCGCGGGGCGGCAUGGCCACCACCGCGCAGUACUUGCCGCGGGGCCCCGGCGGCGGAGCCGGGGGCACGGGACCGCUUAUGCAUCCGGAUGCCGCGGCGGCAGCGGCAGCGGCGGCGGCAGCCGAGCGGCUGCACGCGGGGGCCGCGUACCGCGAAGUGCAGAAGCUGAUGCACCACGAGUGGCUGGGCGCGGGCGCGGGCCACCCCGUGGGCCUAGCGCACCCGCAGUGGCUACCCACGGGAGGAGGCGGCGGCGGCGACUGGGCCGGCGGCCCGCACCUGGAACACGGCAAGGCGGGCGGCGGCAGCGCCGGCCGAGCCGACGACGGUGGCGGCGGCGGCGGUUUCCACGCGCGCCUGGUGCACCAGGGGGCGGCCCACGCGGGCGCGGCAUGGGCGCAGGGCGGCACGGCACACCACUUGGGCCCGGCCAUGUCGCCGUCGCCGGCGGCCGGCGGGGGCCACCAGCCCCAACCGCUCGGGCUGUACGCGCAGGCGGCCUACCCGGGGGGCGGCGGCAGCGGCCUGGCCGGAAUGCUGGCGGCGGGCGGCGGCGGCGCGGGGCCGGGCCUGCACCACGCGCUGCACGAGGACGGCCACGAGGCUCAGCUGGAGCCGUCGCCUCCGCCGCACCUGGGCGCCCACGGACACGCACACGGACAUGCACACGCCGGCGGCCUGCAUGCGGCAGCGGCGCACCUGCACCCGGGCGCGGGCGGCGGUGGCUCGUCGGUGGGCGAGCACUCGGACGAGGACGCGCCCAGCUCGGACGACCUGGAGCAGUUUGCCAAGCAGUUCAAGCAGCGGCGCAUCAAGCUGGGCUUCACGCAGGCCGACGUGGGGCUGGCGCUGGGCACGCUGUACGGUAACGUGUUCUCGCAGACCACCAUCUGCCGCUUCGAGGCCCUGCAGCUGAGCUUCAAAAACAUGUGCAAGCUCAAGCCGCUGCUCAACAAGUGGCUGGAGGAGACCGACUCGUCCAGCGGCAGCCCCACCAACCUGGACAAGAUCGCGGCGCAGGGCCGCAAGCGCAAGAAGCGCACGUCCAUCGAGGUGGGGGUCAAAGGCGCGCUCGAGAGCCACUUUCUCAAGUGCCCCAAGCCCUCGGCGCACGAGAUCACAGGCUUGGCCGACAGCCUGCAGCUGGAGAAGGAGGUGGUGCGCGUCUGGUUCUGCAACCGGCGGCAGAAGGAGAAGCGCAUGACCCCGGCGGCCGGCGCCGGCCACCCGCCCAUGGACGACGUGUACGCACCCGGCGAGCUGGGGCCGGGCGGGGGCGGUGCGUCGCCGCCCUCGGCGCCCCCGCCGGCCGCGCUGCACCACCACCACCACACACUGCCCGGCUCCGUGCAGUGACCCCGCGGGCCGGGCCCCCCGCCGGUGCGCGGCGAGGCGCCGCGCGGCCUGAACUCUUUUUGUUCGGUUGCUUUGGAUUUUACAAAAAGCCCAGAAACUUUCGAAUAAAACCAAACACCCGGACGACCCUCUCCUGCGAGCGGCGAAGACGGCCGAUAGGCUGCGUCGCCCGAGCCCCGAGAGAGAGGAGCGAAGAUCCGGAACGCGCCAACUCACCCCGGGCAUCCUGCCCGCCGCCUGCUCCCUGCCCCCAACCCCUCGACGACCCCCGCCCCUGCCCCCCCGGGCUGUUCGGGGCCGGAUCCCGGCAGCGGCCUCCCCACAGCGACAGGUAACGCGGUACGGGGUUAGGGAUUACCCGGGAGAGAGGACGGAGAGAGGAGAGUUCCCCAUCCCUCUCCCCGGCGCGGAUUCCCGAGCCUGAGGGUCGAGGGUGGGGGACUGUCACUUUAUUCGCUCCACGCCUCUUCUCUCCCGUAAGGAUGCGCCCCAUCCCCCUUACCGUUCCUCCGGGCUUGGUUUUUUACAGUUUUUAUUUAUUCACGGAGCCUCUCGGCUCCUGGGGUCCUUCUAACUCCGCCCGCGCCCUUAAUUUAAAUCGCUGUAUACUGUAUUUAUCGGGGCCCCGGAGGGGAGGCCGCGAGAGCCGCGUCUGUGUAUAAAAGCAGGAAAUAGCCAAAGCUUUAAUCUAGCCUAAUUUAUUUUUUCCCCUUACCUUCCCCUACCCUACCCC